AUGGAGCGACCUCUCUUUCCUUGGCCCACCAGCCUCACUGAAAGCCCCACGCUCACUGACCUCUCCGACCUUGAUUAUCCUGAUGAGACCGAUCACUAUUUGAAUACCACUGCGCAACCCGUCGCUGCUUCUGCAGGUCCGAUGAGCUAUGGUGCCGAUAUCUUGAUGCUCCAGGAUGGUGUCUACCUGCCUAGCUCUCAGGGAGCACCAUACCAGCCAGCUAUUCCAGAAAACAAUACUCCUUUCUUGCAGAAUGCCGUUGGCCAGUACACAUACCCUGGACCCAGCAACUACCAGCCGAAUACCUGGGUCAAUCAGCAGCAGCCGGAAUUGUUUAGUGGCGUCUUUGAAUCAGUUGUGCCGACGCGUAUGCAGGACCACGUGGAUGACUUGACUCAGGGCUUGUAUUCAUCUGGAAGUGAUGACAUGAUCGGACCAAGGUAUGUCAAUCGAAAUCGACAUGCUCACAGCGCCGUUCAUACAUGA